AACUGCAGUGCAUGUCUGAAUCUGCAGCUGGCCUGGGAGUUCCAUCCGUCCCAGGUCCUUUCGGUCCUCCUCUGAGGUUCGCUUCCUCCUUGGUUCCCAUAACUUCUCGUCCAACUUCCAAAGCUCCCUUUGACGACUUUGACUGCAGAACCAAAGAGUCACAGCCAUGAAUAUCACAGACAAAAUGGAGCAGUUGUAUCAACCCUACACCUUCGAGCAGACCUUGGAUAUCUCUCCCUUUUUGGAGCAGUACUGGUCAAGCUCGUUUCUCAUAACUGGAGUCUACCUACUACUCAUCGUUGUGGGCCAGAACUUCAUGAAGUCACGGAAGAGCUUUGACCUGCAGGUGCCUCUUACUCUUUGGUCUUUCUUCCUUGCGGUCUUCAGUAUUGUGGGGACACUGAGGACAUGGGGUUACAUGGGAAUGCUGAUACUUAUGGAUGGCCCAAAGCACACGUUGUGCUUCACCAUCUUCUGCAAAAAUACUGUGAUCAGUUUCUGGAGUUCCCUCUUUCUUCUCAGCAAAGUCAUUGAGCUUGGAGACACAGUCUUCAUUAUCCUGCGUAAGCGGCCACUCAUCUUUGUGCAUUGGUACCACCACAGCACUGUCCUACUGUACACAAGCUUUGCCUUUAAGAUCAAGAUGCCUAGUGGCGGUUUGUUCAUGGCCAUGAACUUUGGAGUGCAUGCCAUCAUGUACACCUACUACACUCUAAAGGCUGCCAAGGUGGAAUGCCCCAGGAAGUUUUCCAUGCUUGUCACCAGCCUGCAAAUCCUGCAGAUGGUCCUAGGAACCAUUUUCAGCAUCCUGGCAUACAUCUGGAGACAGGACUUUGGGUGCCACACCACAGAGAAAGAUUUACUCUGGUCCAUGACCUUAUAUGUGACCUAUUUUAUCCUCUUUGCCAAAUUCUUCCUUGAAACUUACAUCUUGCCCAAGGUCAAAGACAAGACCAAAAUCCAGUGAAGAGCUGGAAGAAAAGAAGCCCCAAGAUCUCUCCUUCCCAGGGCACCAAGGAGCUGAGCUUAGGUUUGGGAGAAUGAUUAGGGUGCUUUCCCGGCAUGGUUUCCCCACAGGAUGUGUGCCCCAAGGUAGCAGGAAGUUAUGACAAGGAGAGUCACCUCUGUGAUGGGGAUGUGAUUUAGUACCUUGAUGUUACUGUUUUUAAUGUGAAGGCCAAGUAGGCCCUGGGAUUGUACAUGGGACUGAGGAGGAUCCCCAGAGCUGAGUUAUUUAUAUUUCUACCUAGAAAUCCUUCUUCCUCCUGCUCUAUUUUUUAAAAUUAAACAUAUCAACAGGU